AGCGCGACUCCCCCAGUGGCGGCGUUGCGCGGCGCCGUUUGGAUUCGAAGUCGCUAUAAAGGCGCUGUAACGGCGCUGCCCGGGGCCGCCCGCCCGCGCCAUGGCCAACGCGUCGCAGUGCCUGGAGGAGGGCGCCGGGCAGUGGCCGCCUCGGCCGCCCGCGCCGUACAGCGAGGCGCAGCGGCUGGCGCUGGAGGAGCUGGUGGCGGGCGGCCCCGAGGCGCUGCGGGCCUUCCUGCGGCGGGAGCGGCUGCCGCCCUUCCUGUCGGAGCCCGAGGUGCAGGCCAUCGCGCGGGGCGCCGUGCCGCCCGCCGCGGCCGAGGAGGCGGCGGCCGAGGCCUCGCUGGACGCGUCGUCGCUCACCUACUUCCCCGAGCGCUCGGACGCGGAGCCGCCGGCGCUGGAGCUGGGCUGGCCGGGCUUCGGCAGCGGCGCGUUCCGCGGGCUGACGCGGGUGGAGGCGCACUUCCAGCCGGGCGGCGGGGACAGCCUGUACGGCUGCAAGGAGGCGGUGCGGCGCCAGAUCCGCUCCGCGCGGCAGGUGAUUGCCCUUGUUAUGGAUUCCUUCACAGAUAUUGAUAUCUUCAGUGACCUUCAGAAUGCCUACAGCAAGCGCCAAGUCCCUGUCUAUAUCCUUCUUGACCAGGACUUUCUACCCUAUUUCUUGGAAAUGUGCAAGAACUUGGGUGUCUGUCCUGAGAAGGAGAGUAUGCUGAGGGUUCGAACCCUCACUGGGAACAUCUACUACACAAGAUCAGGUGCCAAAAUUAUUGGGAAAGUCCAUGAAAAAUUCAUGUUGAUUGAUGGCAUUAGAGUGACAACAGGCUCCUACAGUUUCACAUGGACUGAUGGGAAGCUGAACAGCAGUAACUUGCUGCUAUUAUCAGGUCAGGUGGUUGAACAUUUUGACCUGGAGUUUAGAAUCCUUUAUGCCCAGUCAAACCCUAUUAAUCCUGAAUGUCAAUCAAGCUGUAGGAACAGUGGUAUAUUUGAUCACCUGGAGGAAAGAAUAGAGUCCUCUAAAGAAUACACUGUGGAGAGCAAUUUGAGAGCAGAAUUUGCCAGGUUGUCAAGUACUCCAAAAAAACUGUUAAAAAAAGUAGAUGUGGCUGAUGGUACUCCUGGAGGCAAACCUUGUAACCUGGUACAUUCUCACAUCAGUGAAGAGGAGUGGCUCUGCGAUCCGGAGGCCGAAGUGGGGCGAAAGAAUGCAUCAACUCAGACUGGCUCAUGGGAAGAGCAGCCUGCAUUGGCCAUGUGUAAUGCUAGCACGCAGACCAAUGUUUUAACAGAAGAAGCUGACACUCAAACUUCAGUUGCUACAAGAAUGACUGGGACCCAGACUUCAGUUUUGCUGAAGGCUGCAGUGACGCAAACAAGGGAAGAUGAGUAUGCAGGAACACCCCUGCUUCACAGGAAGUUUUCCAAAGAAGAAUCCUUUCCAGCUGGAAAGUAUUCAUCAAAUUCUAGUCUGCGAUCGCUAUCUUCAUCGUCAUCCCAGAUGUCUCGCACAAGCUCUACCAGCUCACUGUCUUCUCUUCGGUCCUUUGAAUACCCGAGCGUUCACAGGGCAGAGUAUUUCCAAAAACUGCAUAAGGAGAGGCAAUUCCACUACUCCACCAUCAGAUCAAAGCUUAGCCACAUGGUGGAUAUCCUAUCCUGGAGGAGACAUGUGCCUGAAAGCUACAUGAACCACUACAGGGGAAGGUACAACCUGAAGUAGAGGUGAGACAUCAGUGCCAGCCUGCACAGCCUCCGAGAUGUUUCACUCUUCUCUGAAUAAAUGACUGCUGCACUGAAUGCAGAGCACAAAAGCUCUGGUCACAAAAUCCAAUCACUUGAUAUCUGCUGAUUCUUCUAAUUCCUUCUAGUACUUUUACUCUUGUUAAAACACGUGCACAUCACUUUCCAGCACUUUGUUUCAUACUAUGCAAUGUAAGCAAUAAGAGGUUUUUCAUGUAUACUGUAACCACUUGCACGUUCCCCUUAUAUGUAUUAGUGGUAUAGGUUUCUUCUACUUCUGGAUAUUUGACUUAGAAAGCAUUUAAGUUUCCUUUUUAGGAUUGCUAAUGCUCUGGCUUUAAGUUAUCUAAACUUGGAAAAAUUUGAGUCAGACAGAUCUUGCUCAGUACAUGUCAACAUGUAUUCUUAAUUCCCCUUCCUAAUAAUGGGUUUUAUUUUCCACUACAUGCUCAGAAUGAGGGAAAAUAACUUCAUUAACGAAUCAAAGCUAGCUUCAUUCUCACUUCAGUGGAAGAGUAAAAUGUGUUUACCUCUGACGUUGUGACACGUCUGUUGGAACAGUUGUGGGUUCUGAUCUAACCAGCUCUUCAAUUUGAUUGUCCUCUUAUGCCUUUAUACAGGCAUACGUAAAUGUGUGUACGUAACACAGUGAUGUUACAGUCGUUAUCAGCAAUGUUUUCUCUUAGACCAAAAGAUAGCUUCAUACCAGACACUGAAGAAUAUCAACUCUGUCUCAGCUGAAACUGGGACAACUGUCUUAGUUCUGGUAGGAGACCUGUAACUGCCUGCCUUCCUUGGAGUCAGGCUGGAGGUGAGAUGAUCCCCGAGGACAGAUGACAAAUCCUCUGCUCAAAUACAGUACAAAAAUGUUAUAGGUUGUUUGCUUAUUUGUAAGUUUUUUUUUCCCCUCUUUAAACUGUGUUUUCUGAAGUAUUCUGUAUUUCCUGCUCUGUCUGUAUUUGAUCCACUAAUAAUCUGGUCUGGGGAACCUGAGAGCCACUCCAGCUUUUGAAAAUACCUUCAACACUACAUGGACUGUGGGUUAAGUCACUUUGCAGAGAUGCUGCCUCAAUGUCUGCAGCAGGCCCGUGUGUGGUUGUGCUUGAUGGAUUGCCUCUCUGAGCAGCGUGUGGGCUCUCGGAGGUCUGACCUGUGCUGUUCUUUAGACCUGUGUGCCAGCAUGUUGGUGACUAACCAGACUGAAUUCUGCAGCAGAAUCAGUCUGGAUAAGGGAUUUCCUUCUUAUUUAUGUGUCCAGUAGAUGGCACAUUUCAUCUGUCAGAUUAAUUUCCCGAAGGAGAAAUGAAUGACUAGGAAAAUACCCAAAGCAGCCGGGCUGCAAUGGAAGUGCAGGCAGGCAUGCUUUAUCCCAUCUACCCUGGCAUUAACAUCUUUGCAGCCUCUCCUGAUGAAGGCCUGGCUGCUGCUGUAGGCUGGGUCGAACCAACCGCCCCUUUCCCCGCACUCCAGGGCAGCUGUAAGCCGUGCUCAAAGCCGCUCCGAGGAGGUUUUAUUUCUAAGAGCUGGCGCUAGGCAGUGUUUGAAUGUAAAAUCAACUUGAAAACCUUUGCUCUGUGUACUUCUCAACUUUGUUGCACUGUGGGAUUGUUUUGGUACUUAUAGGAGCAAAUCACUGUUCACAAAUAAAUUCACUUUGCCGGGA